AAGUCGGGCUCGGCCCGCGCCCGCCUCGUGCGCUCACGCCCCCACGAGCGCGCUCACACCCCCCACUGGCUCACCCGCACCCUCGCACGCGCGCACGGUCCCACUCCUGCCCGCUUCCCUGCGGCGGCGCGAGAGCGCCGAGGGGACCCACGGCCUUCCCAUGGCUGACCUGAGCUUCAUCGAAGAUUCCGUCGCCUUCCCGGAGAAGGAGGAGGAUGAAGAGGAAGAGGAGGAGGGGGUGGAGUGGGGCUACGAAGAAGGUGUGGAGUGGGGCUUGGUGUUUCCCGAUGCUAAUGGGGAAUACCAGUCUCCCAUUAACCUAAACUCAAGAGAAGCUAGAUAUGACCCCUCACUUCUGGAUGUCCGCCUCUCCCCAAAUUAUGUGGUCUGCCGAGACUGCGAAGUGACCAAUGAUGGACAUACCAUUCAGGUUAUCCUGAAGUCAAAAUCAGUUCUAUCAGGAGGUCCAUUGCCUCAAGGGCAUGAAUUUGAACUGUAUGAAGUUAGAUUUCAUUGGGGGAGAGAAAACCAGCGCGGUUCUGAGCACACAGUUAAUUUCAAAGCUUUUCCCAUGGAGAAAUACGUGAAUGAUGAGGUGACCUGUCUGUUGUUUACCCAGCUCCAUCUGAUCCACUGGAAUGCCACCCUGUUUGGCAGUAUUGAUGAGGCCGUGGGGAAGCCACAUGGAAUCGCCAUCAUUGCUUUGUUCGUUCAGAUAGGAAAAGAACAUGUAGGUCUGAAGGCUGUGACUGAAAUCCUCCAGGAUAUUCAAUAUAAGGGGAAGUCCAAAACAAUACCCUGCUUUAAUCCUAACACUUUAUUACCAGAUCCCUUGCUGCGAGAUUAUUGGGUAUAUGAAGGCUCUCUUACCAUCCCACCUUGCAGUGAAGGUGUCACCUGGAUAUUAUUCCGAUACCCUUUAACUAUAUCCCAGCUACAGAUCGAAGAAUUUCGAAGGCUGAGGACACACGUCAAGGGGGCUGAACUUGUGGAAGGCUGUGACGGGAUUUUGGGAGACAAUUUUAGACCCACUCAGCCACUUAGUGACAGAGUCAUUAGAGCUGCAUUUCAGUAGCCAACGAGAACAGGAACGAGACUGCCUUCAUCUGGGGAGGAAGACAAUGAUCCUAUAGUGCCCUUGGAUGAGAAACGGAAACUUUUGAGCCGCACCUUCAGUUUAUCCUCAAAGCCUGCGUUGUUUGUCUUCAUCUAAUCCAGCUUUGAUGGACAUCUGUGACAGUUGCCUAUACACGUGCUCUAAUGAAAUAUUAGAAAUGGCUGUACAUUCCGAAGAAACCCAGUGUUGUAUCCCCACGUCACUGCUGCUAGUAUUCAUAUUUUUGCACAUACUGUUGAUUGCUUAUGUGUAGAAGAAAUGAAACUAGUUUUCAGAGUUGUUAUUAAUAUGAAUAUAUAUCAUGUAUUAAUACCGAGACAGGAAAAAUACAUUCCCGGUGUUAGCAAUCCUUCAUUUCCUGUCUCCGAGAGAAAAUUCCGUCAUUCGGAGAAUAAUGCAAUUCUUGAUAAUAAAUAAGAGUUUUGAUCAGGAACAGCACACGGCUUGAAAAUGGAAUGUGAAGGAUUAGUAAACGUCCUAUCUCAUGUUGUUUUCAGCCCUCAUAGCACAAUUAAUGUCAGGCUGGUUAUUAUGCAAAACAAUUUGGGAGUUAAUGCAAGAACAAAAUUGCUUUAUAUAUUUCUCAAAGGAUCGAAUUGAAUGUAUGAAUCUAAUUGUAUUUAUUUGACAUAUUAGAAGCUCUCGUUUCUAGGAGUUUGAGAAAGGCAUAAAAAUAGGGUAAAACGUAAGUGGGUAUAACAUACCAGGAAUAGCUUUAUUUUCCACGAUAGAAGCGUAAAUUUAAUAGUAUUCUAUAGUAAUUUAGUGUUGUACGUUUCGUAAGACCUUAAGGUAUUUUAUUCUAUGGACUUUAGUAUAUUGAGCCAUUGCUUUCCAAGAUGAUCAAUAAUAUCUUUAUUUUAAUUAAUUUUAAGCGCUACUGGUAAAUGUAAGCAUAUGCUUAGAUGCAGUUGGAUGUGACAGAAUUGAGAUAAUUUUGUAAAGCAGUAGAGUGCCUGGCACAAAGCAAGUACUUAAUAAAUGUUAUCUGUUGUUAUAA